GACUGGGGUUCCCCCUACAGACGAGAGAGUGAAGUCAACGUAACUGUCCAUCUGGAGAAUGUGAACGACAACCAACCCUUAUUCGAGAAAGUGGCGUGCCAGGGAGUGGUCUCUCGGGACUUACCCACCGACGAGGUGAUAACCACCAUGUCUGCCAUCGACAUAGAUGAGCUAGAGCUGGUGAAGUACAAGAUCCUGGAAGGGAAUGAGAGAGGAUUCUUCGACCUGAACCCUGACUCAGGGGUCCUGACCCUACGGAGGUCUCUCUCCACUGCCAGUCCAAAAAAUGGUAUCUUCAAUUUGAAAAUAACCGCCACAGAUGGAGAGAACUUCUCCGAUCCAAUGUUCGUGAACAUCUCUAUUGUCCAUGGGAAAUCUCCCCCAAAGAACUUCAACUGUAGGGAGACCAGAGUCGCCCAAAAGCUAGCUGAGAAAUUACUAAAUAAGUCCAAAGCUAGAACCAAGCCCAAGAUCGAGGAAGGGUUCAUUGACCUUUUCUCCGUCAACAGACAGACACCUCAGUUUGACAAGGCCUUACCCGCAGACAUAUCAGUGCGCGAGGACCUCAAGGUCGGGUCCAGUGUCUUCAAGGUCAACGCCUACGACGGCGACACAGGUUUUAACGGUCAGAUUUUGUACGCCAUCUCGGAUGGAAACACAGACAGCUGUUUCACCAUCGACAUGGAGAGUGGGCUGAUCAGUGUCUUCCUGCCCAUGGACAGAGAGAAAAGAGACAGAUACCUCCUCAACAUCACUAUCUACGACCUGGGCCUGCCACAGAAAACCGCAUGGCGUCUGCUCACCGUCUACGUAGAAGAUGCCAAUGACAAUGCACCUCAAUUCCUGCAGGAGGGAGGCUAUAGAACCGUCAUUCCUGAAAACAUGGCCAUCGGCACCGAUGUCAUUCAGGUUGAGGCCACUGACAAAGACUUGGGGCCUAAUGGAGAAAUUGUCUACUCCGUUUUGACCAGCACCACCCAGUUUGGCAUCAACAGCUCUAACGGGAUUGUGUAUGUUGCCGGCCAGCUGGACAGGGAGUUUGUCUCCAACUUCAACUUGAAGAUCGAGGCUCGUGACCGUGCAGAGAAAGGGAACCAGAAGUUUUCAGUCACCACUCUGAAGAUCUCUCUAGACGACGUUAACGACUGCCCUCCGGCAUUCAUCCCCAGUGUCUACAACACCCGGGCCCUGGAGGACCUGCCAGUGGGUACCGUGGUGGCCUGGCUCGAGACUCAGGACCCCGACCUUGGCCUGGGCGGCCAGGUUAGAUACUCCCUGGCCAAUGACUACAACGGGAAGUUUGAGGUGGACAAGGCCAGCGGGGCCAUCCGACUGACCAAGGAGCUGGACUACGAGACGCAACAGUUCUACAACCUCACGGUGAGAGCCAAGGAUAAAGGGAGACCUGUCUCUCUCCUGUCUGUCACCUUCAUGGAACUAGAGGUGGUAGAUGUUAACGAGAACCUCUACACUCCCUACUUCUCCCACUUCGCCCUCACGGGAUCGGUGAAGGAGAGCGCCCGCAUCGGGACCACCGUCCUCCAAGUCACGGCCCGGGAUGACGACAAUGGGAGAGAUGGGGAAAUCCAGUACUCUAUCCGGGAUGGGAGUGGACUGGGACGAUUCGCCAUCGACGAAGAGACGGGUAUCAUCUACACCACAGACACUCUGGACCGCGAGACAAAGGACUCCUAUUGGCUGACGGUGUACGCUACAGACCACGGGGUGGUGCCCCAAUUCGCCAUCAUGGAGGUGUACAUCCAGGUAGAGGAUGUCAACGACAACGCCCCCCUGACCUCUGACCCUGUCUACCACCCCGUCGUCAUGGAGAACUCUCCCAAGGACCUGUCGGUUAUUCAGAUUCAAGCCCAGGACCCGGACGCCACGGGGGGAGCAGAAAGACUGAGCUACAGGAUAGCUAGUGGGAACCCACAGAACUUCUUCACCAUCAAUACCAGGACCGGUGUCAUCACUACCACGUCCAGGAAACUGGACCGAGAGCAACAGGCUGAGCAUGUUUUAGAGGUCACGGUGUCGGACGGCGGUCCCAGCCCCAAACACUCCACGGUGUGGGUGAUCGUCCACGUACUUGAUGAGAAUGACAACAAGCCCACGUUCCCAGAGAAGGUGUACCAGAUCAAGCUACCAGAGCGGGACAGGAGGAAGAGAGGAGAGUCUAUCUACAGGGCCUUUGCCUACGACAGGGAUGAAGGGGUUAACGCUGACCUCUCCUACAGCAUCGUCGAUGGCAACGAGGACGGCAAGUUCUUCAUCGACCCCAAGACGGCGGUGGUGUCGUCACGGAAGCAGUUCACUGCCGGGAGCUACGACAUCCUCACUAUCAAAGCCACAGAUAAUGGCCGCCCCCAGAAGUGGUCGACGGCCCGCCUGCACAUCGAGUGGAUCCGUAAGCCCUCGGCCUCAGUGGCCCCCCUGCUGUUCGAAGAGCAGUACUACAACUUCACCGUCAUGGAGAGUGACAAGGUGGCCGAGAUAGUGGGUGUGGUCUCCAUGCAACAGAGCUCCAACCCCCUCUGGUUUGACAUCACAGGUCCCAGGCCUUUCCAGGAGAUGUUCUAUAUACUGCAGACCGCUUGUGGCAGGAACUGUUCCACAGAAGGCGGUAACACUGACAGCCUGUUUGACAUAGAAAAGGGUGUGGGCACCAUCAUCAURGCUAAGCCACUGGAUGCUGAGCAGCGCUCCUUCUACAACAUGACUGUGGAGGUGACGGACGGGACCAACUCUGCAGCCACACAGGUCCACAUCACAGUGUUGGACAACAACGACAAGCACACUGUCUUCUCCCAGCCCACCUAUGACAUCACCAUCUCUGAGGACACACCCCCGGAGACGGAGGUGUCCAGCGCCAUCGACCCCUCCAGCCUGCGUCUGUUCCGUAUUGACCCCAACACUGGCACGGUGUAUACUACAGAGAGACUGGACCACGAGGCUAGAGCACAGCACAUCCUCACUGUCAUGGUAAAAGACCAGGAGUUUCCAUACAGGAGGAACCUGGCCCGAGUGUUGGUGGAUGUGGAGGAUGUUAAUGACCAUGUCCCAGUGUUCACCAGCGCUCUGUAUGAGGGUUUGGUCUAUGAGUCUGCAGCAGUGGGAUCUGCUGUGCUCCAGGUGACUGCCCUGGACAAAGACAAGGGAGAAAACGCAGAACUCUUCUAUACCAUGGAAUCAGGCAACACAGGGAACACGUUCCGGAUUGAGCCGGUUCUGGGGAUCAUCUCGGUGGCCCGCGAGCUCGACCUCUCCACUAUCGGCCAUUACAUCAUCACCGUCAGAGUUACCGACAAUGGCUCCCCGCCACUCUCUGCCAACACUGUGGUUCGCAUCGCCAUCACGCUGUCCGACAACGCCGGACCCAAGUUCCCCCAGACCGAGUACCAUGCCGAGGUCACAGAGAACGUUGCCGUGGGAACCUCUGUCACCGCGGUGAGCGCCAUGAGCCAAUCCACACUGACCUACGACAUCCGACAUGGCAACAGCGAACGCACCUUCAGGAUCAACCAGUACAGCGGCGUGAUCACAACUCAGAAACCCCUUGACUAUGAGACCACAGCAUCUUAUAACCUGAUCGUCCAGGCCACCAACAUGGCUGGCAUGGCCUCCAACGCCACCCUGCUCAUACGGGUGGUGGAUGAAAAUGACAACCCACCUGUGUUCCAGCUGCUGUGCUACCAGGGUAGNAUGGCUGGCAUGGCCUCCAACGCCACCCUGCUCAUACGGGUGGUGGAUGAAAAUGACAACCCACCUGUGUUCCAGCUGCUGUGCUACCAGGGUAGUAUCAGCGAGGCGGCGCCCAUCAACAGUGUGGUCCUGAACCCAGACAACACUCCUUUGGUCAUCAAGGCCACUGAUGCUGACCGCAACCAGAACGCUCUCCUGGUCUAUCAGAUCGUUGAGGACACAGCCAAAAUGUUCUUUAAAGUGGAUUCUGGCACCGGCUCCAUCAGGACUAUCGCCAACCUGGACCACGAGACGUUUGCUAGUUUUAACUUUCAUGUUCACGUGAGGGACAGUGGGAGGCCUCAGCUGACAGCGGAUAGCCCCACUGAGGUCACCAUCCAGGUAAUCGACACAAACGACUCUCCACCUGUCUUCACCCAGAACGCCUACGAAACUGUCCUGCUGCUGCCCACCUAUGUAGGAGUAGAGGCAUUACAGGUCUCAGCCACAGACCCAGACCAAAACGUCCCCACAGAACUCACCUACUCAAUGACAGACGGAAACCUGGAGCACUUUGCCAUCCAGCCCUCCAGCGGCAUCAUCAUCGUCAAGAACAACAACUUCUCCAAGGAACGGUUCCGCUUCAACGUCAAAGUGUCUGAUGGAAAGUUCUCCAGCACUGCUCUAGUCACUGUUCUGGUCCGUGAGACGCUGGACUCUGGCCUCUUCUUCGCCCACAGCCUCUACUCCUCGUCCAUCCAGGAGAACAAUACCAACAUCACCAAAGUGGCCGUGGUCAACGCAGUGGGGAAUCGCCUCAACGAGCCCCUCAGGUACACCCUACUGAAUCCAGGGACACGCUUCCGGAUCCGACCCACCUCUGGCGUAAUCCAGACCACUGGGGUUCCCUUCGACCGUGAGGAGCAGGAGUUCUAUGAGCUGGUGGUGGAGGCUGGGAGGGAGCACGACCGUCUGCGUGUUGCCAGGGUGAUGGUCAGGGUCCAGGUAGAGGACAUUAACGACAACGCUCCUGCGUUCCUUGGACUUCCGUAUUAUGCUGCUGUCCAAGUGGAGGCUAAACCUGGUGUGCCCAUAUUCCGAGUCACCGCCAUGGACCGUGACAAAGGCAUCAACGGAGAGGUGUCUUACUACCUCAAAGACGACCACGGACACUUUGAGAUCGACAGGCUGACGGGUGGCCUCCGUCUGAAGGAGGCUUUUGAGUCUGACCUGUCCAACCAGGAGUACCAGAUGGUAGUUUARYCCAAGGARGGAGGUUACCCUCCWCURUCKUCCYCCMUAGAGUUCCCCAUCACCGUGGUGAACAAGGCCAUGCCCGUCUURGACAAGUCCUUCUARGCAGUGWCGGUGAACGAGGARGUAGCGGUACACACMCCRAUAUUAGGAAUCAACGCCACCAGCCCWGAGGGCCAGAACAUAAUAUACACCAUCGUGGAGGGAGACCCCUCUCUGCAGUUCGACAUCGGCUUUGACACCGGAGUCAUUAGAGUCAUCAACUCCCUGGACUAUGAGAUCGCCUCAUCCUUCCGUCUGACUGUCAGAGCCACAGACUACCUGACCGGCGCCCGUGCUGAGGUGGACGUAGAUGUCACAGUUAAUGAUGUCAAUGAUAACCCUCCGGUGUUUGAAAAAACAUCCUAUAAGGCAGUUCUGUCUGAGACUGCCAUGAUUGGCACUCCGGCUCUGCAAGUGGUGGCUACCGACAAAGACUCUGAGAAGAACAACAUUGUACGCUAUCAGAUAUUCUACCCCACAGAUGCCUACAACAGCACCGACCACUUCCACAUCGACAGCAGCAGCGGCCUCAUCCUGACCGCCCGCAUGCUCGACCACGAGCUGGUCCAGCGCUAUGAUUUCAUCGUCAGGGCAACCGAUAACGGCUUCCCACCGCUGAGCAGUGAAGUGUCGGUCAUGGUGGUGGUGAAUGACAUGAACGACAACCCUCCGGUGUUCAACCAGCUUCUCUACGAGGCCUAUGUCAGCGAACUGGCCACGAGGGGCUAUUUUGUGACCUGCGUCCAGGCUUCGGAUGCUGACAGCUCCGACUAUGACAAACUGGAGUACCGCAUCCUGUCAGGAAACGAGAGAAUGAACUUUGUGAUGGAUGGUAAGACGGGUAUCAUCACGCUGUCUGGUCACAGGAAGCAGAGGAUGGAGCCAGCCUACAGUCUGAAUGUAUCCGUCUCUGAUGGGGUGUUCACCAGCACAGCCCAGGUGCACAUCAGGGUCCUGGGGGCCAACCUCUACAGCCCUGUGUUUGGACUGAAUGCCUACGAUGCAGAGCUACGGGAGAAUGCAGCGGUAGGAACCAAGGUGAUCCAGGUGAGGGCGACCGAUGCUGACCCAGGAGUGUUUGGCCAGAUUACCUACUCAUUCGUCAACGACGUGGGGAAGGACCAGUUUAGUGUGGACGCCAACGGUCAGAUCACCACCCUGGAGAAGCUGGACAGAGAGGACCCUGCCAACAAGGACAUCGUCCUUACGGUGGCGGCCCAGGACGGAGGUGGAAGGGCCUCCUACUGCACCGCCCGGGUCUCCCUGGUGGAUGACAACGACAAUGUCCCUCGCUUCAGAGCUACAGAAUACCGUGCUUCCGUGAAAUCUAACGUAGGCAAGGGCUUCUUGGUGACCCAGAUCCAGGCAUAUGAUCCUGACGACGGUGCCAACUCUAAGGUGACAUACUCGCUCUACAGCGAGGCACACGUACCCGUGGUGGAUAUGUUAGAGAUCGACCCUGACAACGGCUGGAUGGUCACCAAGGGGAGUUUCAGCCAACUGCGCAACUCAGUCCUGUCUUUCUUUGUCAAAGCAGUAGAUGGAGGUAUCCCUGUCAAGCACUCUUUAGUAUCAGUCUACAUCCACGUCUUGGCACCUGACGCCCUCAUCCCCUCCUUCACCCAACCCCAGUUCUCCUUUACCGUCCCAGAGGACACCCCUAUAGGAGCUGCCCUAGGGUCCGUCCGCCUCAUCACCCCACCAGGCUACGCCUCGCUGCCAGUCACCUUUGCUCUGGUCAACGGAGAGACCGGGGAGAACAACCAGGAUGGAGUCCUGGUGGUGGACAGGGACACUGGGGUCAUCAAGCUGGACAAGCCCCUAGACCACGAGGUCAUCACUGCCUUCCACUUCAAGGUCACAGCCACCGUGCAGCAGGCCAAGCUGGACUCUGUGACCAGCGUCGACGUAGAAGUCAAAGUCCUGGAUCUGAACGACAACAAGCCAGCAUUUGAAUCCAACUCUUACGAGGCGACAGUGAUGGAAGGGAUGCCUAUCGGCACCAUGAUCAUCCAGGUUCAGGCUCUGGACCCAGACUCUGGAGCUAACGGACAGGUUACAUACAGCCUAGGCACGUUGGCGCAAUCCGAAGGGGAGCCGGACCAAUCCACACAGACCUUCACCAUUGACAGCAACACGGGCUGGAUCUCUACUCUCAAGGAGUUGGACCAUGAGAUGUACCCAUCCUACGCCUUCCUGGUGGUAGCCUCAGACCUGGGGGAGACCCUGGCCCUCUCCUCCACCUCCACGGUGACCGUGGCCGUGUCGGACAUCAACGACAACCCGCCCAGAUUCCUGGAUGAGAGGUACCUGGGCUCGGUGCGCGAGAGCGACCCCCCUGGUGAGGUGGUGGCUGUGCUCAACACUAGAGACGACGACAGCUCUYCAGUGAACCGCCAAGUCAGCUAUCACAUCACAGGUGGGAACCCUCGAGGGGAGUUUGCCCUGGGGCAGGUGCAAGGUGAGUGGAAGAUGUAUGUGAAGCGCCCGCUGGACCGUGAGGAACAGGACCUGUACCUUCUCAACGUUACCGCUAGCGACGGCCUGUUCGUCACCAGGGCAACCGUGGAGGUGUCUGUGACUGACACCAAUGACAACAGCCCUGUCUGUGACCAGGCUCUGUACACCGCCUCGGUCCCAGAGGAUAUCCCAGUCAACAGAGUGAUAGUGGGGGUUGGGGCCAGCGAUGCUGAUGUAGGCGUCAGUGCUUGGAUCCAGUACUCUCUACAUGGACCUGGCUCUGAGACUACAGCAUCGACCCAGACACUGGCGAACUAAAGACAGCCCAGGCCCUGGACCGGGAGAAGACCCCCGUGUACAGACUGGUUGCCCAGGCAACAGACGGAGGUGGUCGGUUCUGUCGGGGGAGGUCCACCUGACGCUGUUGGAUGUGAAUGACAACCCUCCACGCGCUCUGCUCCCCACUACACUACCAGUGUGUAUGAAGACACAUCUACCAAGCCUGCUACACGCAUACAGGCCAUCGACCCUGAUGAAGGUGUCAGUCGUAAGGUGAUCUAUUCUCUGGCCAACUCUGCCGGCGGCUUCUUCUCCAUCGACAAGUCCUCCGGUAUUGUGGUCCUGGAACGUACCCUAGACCGCGAACAGCAACCG